ACCCGGGCUGGAGGCGCGAUCCAGCCGGAUUCCGACUCCGGCGCCAGCGACGCCGCGGCGAGGGGGGCGGGCGGGCGCGCGGCGAGGGUUUGUGCCGUGUGUGCGCGCGUUUGUCUGCGUGUGUGUGUGCGCGUGUCUACAGGUAGCAGCGGCGGCGGCGGCGGGGACCCGAGCAGGGGACGCAUCUGCAGCCACCUCCCCGCCUGUGAUUUUCGGAGGCGAUUGCUCACUUAGCUGACGGAUCCGUACCCUCGGGAGAUCUUCUCUUCCUCUCCAUUUCCACGCGUCUUAGGCGUCUUCCAGUUUCAAGUGUGUGUUUCGGGCAUUUUAUUUUAUUUUAAAAAAAUAUUUUUUUUUCUCCUCUCUUCAUCUCCUCGGGAUUUCUGCAUUAUUGAAGCAGGUGGCUCCGGGUACGAAAUCUUUGGAUACAUUUGGCUUGCCAAGUUUUUCUCUUCCCCUUCCCCUCCCGCUUUUAAAGGCAUCUGUAGUGUUUUUUUUCCCCCCCUUGGAUUUAUAUGCAGAAAACGUAUAUAUGUUUAUAUACCGACCGCGUACUGUAUAAAUACAUAUAUGCGUGCCCAAGCGCUUGGUUUUCGUGUACUCUCCCCGGCGAAGCGGCAUGUUUUGGAGCCGAUGGAUAAGGAGAACAGUAUUAACAUUCUUUUGAGCCUGUUUUUGGAAGAGGGGAGGGAGCGUGAAGAAUUGUUUAACAUUCGGCCAUCGUUUGGCUGCACACUAAGCAUCACGAAGUAUUUAUGGUUGCAGAUCAGGUGCAAUCGGGGCUUAGAGAGAAAAAGGAUAUAGACCUGCAGCUAACUGGAUUUGAUUAAUAAGAGGGAAUCUACAGUCAAUGGCCACCCUCACCACAUUGCUACGAUGGAAAACACAAUAGUCAAUAGGAUAUGGUCUGAUAAAUAGCAGUGAUUGAAGAUGCUACUUCAAUACGCGUGAAAUCAAUGGGAGAUACUGGCUGCAUAAAGAGCUUUUUGAGCUUUUUGCAACAAGCUCAUCUUUAAGAAAUCAGAGCCGUAUUUCACCGUUAUACAGCCUUUCCAAGUGGAUACAAACACCCUUGCCUCAUCAUACCCAGGCAACUAUACAACUAAUGUGGGACCAUGGCACUGCCCAGGUGCACAUGGCCAAAUUAUGUUUGGAGAGCAAUGAUGGCGUGCUUGGUACAAAGGGGAUCAAGUGCCUCGUUGACUCUCUGUGUAAUGGGAUGUUUACUUCAAGCUGCUCAUGUGCUUGCUCAAAAAUUGGAUGAUGUCGACCCUCUGGUGACUACCAACUUUGGCAAGAUAAGAGGAAUUAAGAAAGAACUCAAUAAUGAAAUUUUGGGGCCUGUUAUUCAGUUUCUUGGGGUGCCAUAUGCAGCUCCGCCAACAGGGGAACAUCGUUUCCAGCCUCCAGAACCACCGACUCCAUGGUCAGAUGUCAGGAAUGCCACUCAGUUUGCUCCUGUGUGUCCCCAGAAUAUCAUUGAUGGAAGACUACCGGAAGUCAUGCUCCCUGUAUGGUUUACUAAUAACUUGGAUGUGGUGUCAUCAUACGUGCAAGACCAGAGUGAAGAUUGCCUAUAUUUAAACAUAUAUGUCCCCACCGAGGAUGUAAAAAGAAUAUCCAAGGAAUGUGCCAGAAAACCCGGCAAGAAAAUAUGUAGAAAAGGAGGUCCCCUUACAAAGAAACAGACAGAUGAUUUAGGUGAUAAUGACGGUGCUGAAGAUGAAGAUAUUCGGGACAGUGGGGGUCCCAAGCCAGUGAUGGUGUAUAUCCACGGUGGCUCCUAUAUGGAAGGUACUGGAAACUUGUAUGACGGGAGUGUCUUGGCAAGUUAUGGCAAUGUGAUCGUCAUCACAGUCAACUAUCGGCUGGGGGUACUUGGAUUUUUGAGCACAGGAGAUCAGGCUGCAAAAGGAAACUAUGGACUCCUUGAUCUCAUACAGGCUUUAAGAUGGACUAGUGAGAACAUUGGAUUCUUUGGUGGUGACCCCUUAAGAAUCACUGUUUUUGGAUCUGGCGCUGGGGGUUCAUGUGUCAAUCUGCUGACUUUAUCCCAUUAUUCUGAAGGUAACCGUUGGAGCAAUUCAACCAAAGGACUUUUUCAACGAGCAAUUGCUCAGAGUGGAACAGCCCUGUCCAGCUGGGCUGUCAGUUUCCAACCUGCAAAAUAUGCUCGAAUGCUGGCCACAAAAGUGGGCUGCAAUGUUUCAGAUACAGUAGAAUUAGUGGAAUGUCUUCAGAAGAAGCCUUACAAAGAACUUGUUGAUCAAGAUAUUCAACCAGCAAGAUACCACAUAGCCUUUGGACCUGUAAUUGAUGGUGACGUUAUACCAGAUGACCCUCAGAUUCUGAUGGAGCAAGGAGAGUUUCUCAACUAUGACAUAAUGUUAGGAGUUAAUCAAGGAGAAGGUUUAAAAUUUGUGGAAAAUAUAGUGGAUAGUGAUGAUGGUAUUUCAGCUAGCGAUUUUGACUUUGCAGUUUCCAAUUUUGUUGAUAAUUUAUAUGGAUAUCCUGAAGGCAAAGAUGUUUUGAGAGAAACAAUUAAAUUUAUGUAUACUGACUGGGCUGACCGUCAUAAUCCUGAAACAAGAAGGAAGACAUUAUUGGCUUUGUUUACUGACCAUCAGUGGGUGGCACCAGCUGUAGCAACAGCAGAUCUUCACUCAAACUUUGGUUCACCUACAUAUUUCUAUGCCUUUUACCAUCAUUGCCAAACAGAUCAGGUUCCAGCUUGGGCUGACGCAGCUCAUGGAGAUGAGGUUCCUUACGUACUUGGAAUCCCCAUGAUUGGACCGACAGAGUUAUUUCCCUGCAAUUUCUCCAAAAAUGAUGUGAUGCUGAGUGCAGUGGUAAUGACAUACUGGACAAAUUUUGCCAAAACUGGAGACCCAAAUCAACCAGUUCCUCAAGACACGAAAUUUAUCCAUACCAAACCCAACCGUUUUGAAGAGGUAGCAUGGACCAGAUAUUCCCAGAAAGACCAACUUUAUCUCCAUAUUGGAUUAAAACCAAGAGUUAAAGAACAUUAUAGAGCCAAUAAGGUAAACCUCUGGUUAGAACUGGUACCUCAUCUACAUAAUCUCAACGACAUCUCUCAGUAUACCUCGACAACAACUAAAGUGCCAUCAACUGACAUCACUUUCAGACCUACGAGAAAAAAUUCUGUACCUGUCACAUCAGCCCUACCCACUCCUAAGCAGGAUGAUUCCAAACAACAACCGAGUCCAUUUUCAGUGGAUCAAAGGGACUACUCAACAGAGCUGAGUGUCACCAUUGCGGUUGGAGCAUCUUUGCUGUUCCUGAACAUCUUGGCCUUUGCAGCUCUGUACUACAAAAAGGAUAAAAGGAGACAUGAUGUCCACAGGAGGUGCAGCCCUCAGCGUACGACAACCAAUGACCUGACCCAUGCACAAGAGGAAGAGAUCAUGUCCCUUCAAAUGAAGCACACUGAUUUGGAUCAUGAAUGUGAGUCCAUCCAUCCACAUGAGGUGGUUCUUCGGACCGCCUGCCCCCCAGAUUAUACACUAGCAAUGAGGAGGUCACCUGAUGAUGUUCCCUUAAUGACACCCAACACCAUUACAAUGAUCCCCAACACAAUACCAGGGAUUCAACCCUUACACACAUUCAAUACAUUUACUGGAGGACAGAAUAAUACUCUGCCCCACCCCCACUCACACCCCCAUUCACAUUCAACAACCAGGGUAUAGCCAGAUAAAAGAAACAAACUAUUUUUUUUGAUGGAUUGCAGUAAAAGAAUUACUGAAGAUUCUUUGGCUUUCAACCUACAAGACUCUUGCUAUUUAAAUAAGAAGGAAUAUUAUGUGAAUAUACAUAUCAAGAACUUUGGGGGUUUUGAAAAAAGUUAAUUGUACAUAUAUAUCCAAUUAAACUUUGAAAACACAUUUCAAUUGCUGGAAGCAAUUGUUCUGAAUGAUACUUUUUCAUUAACAUUGAAGGAUUAAUUUUUUGAAGAUUUAUGUUGCAUAAUGGAAUUAGGCAUGUGGAACAUCAAACAGGAAAGAACUAUGUCUGAAAUAUAAAAAAAAAUCUAAAUAAAAAACCCAUGAAUAUGCACAAGGGACACGCCAAUGGAAUGUCAGAUAAUUUCCACCAGUUUUUAUUUGGAGCUGUUUUAUUGUGUAGACCAUAUUUACAUAUUUGGAUAGUACACAAAGCACCAAUGCUGUUAAUGGCCUUACAGAGGCUCAUGCUGAAAUUUGCCGGUAAAACAGAGAAGUUUAAAGACUGGCAGGUACAACAUUAUCACAUAAGUGCUGUCAGUAUAAUGUUGUGGGGAUAAAGGAAACUGGAUAUUUUUAGCACGAUGUGCAUGAUAAUUUAUAUGCUUGGUGGCUGUGCUGCUGAUUAAGCCGUAAUUAAAAUUCUUCUCAUCCCAUUGGAGUUUUUAAUAGAAGCUUCCUCCAUCAAUUGGCAGAACCUAAAGAAGAUUUCAAGGGGCAAAAGUAAUUAUAAUAAAAUAAUUCACAGUAGUUUUGAUAAUAAAAGAAUUAGUGAAUAAAGGUAUUUGAAGAAGCUAUAGGUAUAGUGGUGAAUACUCACUGAUACAAAUCCCAGAAUUUGUUUUCUGUGUUUUUGAUGUUCUUUUCAUUCUCAUUGAAAUAAUUUAUAGAAAUAGAAUCCUAAUUGGACAACAUGUGUAACAGGAUUAUAAUUUGUUGGGGGUGUGGUUACUCUGUAUUUUGUUCCUUUCGGUAAGGUGAAGUGUGUCCAAAGAGUUACUUGCAACAGUCUUUUAUGAUAUGAAGAUGCCCCAAAUUACCACUCUGAUUACAGUUCUCCAUUAAUUGAUUUACUCAUGUUGCAUGAAAAAAAUGUUUACUAAUAAUAAUUCAAUAUAAAGUUCUGUCCUUCCUCACAUCAGUUAUCUUUCUCACUGAGGUUUACUCACCGGAAUUUGUUCACGCAAUCUCAGUAGAGUACAACACAGAUACAGAAGCUAGACGGAGAGUCAACACCUGGAGGAGUUUAGUCUUACACACAUGUGUGAUUUUCAAUGAAUUAUCUAAGACCACAGGACACUCUUCAUCCCCUGUUGUUUACCAGUAACAGUAUAUCACAGACCUUUCCAAAUGUUUGUAUAUGUAAUCAGAUGUACAUUUAUAUUAAAAAAUGAGAUGGACUUAAAGAGCACAUCCUGAUAAAUACUUUCUCUCUUACCUGUACUAUAUUUCUAUUAGACUAAAGUUAUGUGAUUUUUUUUUACAUUUUUUCAGAUGACUAGCAAUUUUGAUAGUUUGUAAGAUAAUGCAAAGAACUUUCUCUGACAAACUAACUGCAGUAACAGAAACCUUUCUUUUCAGUUACUCUUUUUCAAGAAUGAAAGCUUAUUAUACAAAAAAAUUGUAUAUUACUUGAUGGAAACAACUUUGUACAUCUUGGCCAUGUCACUGGUCAUUGCGUGAAAUAAAGAUAAUCUGGAUAAUGACUAUUAGUCCAAUGCUAAGAGACAUGAUCUUUCGCUCAUUAAAGAGCUAAAAUAUUUAUUGCUGUUUUGUCUUUUUUUUAAAAAAAAUAACACACGAAAAAAUGACUGUCUCAAAGAGUCAUUUGUCUAGACCAGUCGGGUUUUUGAAGACAUAUGUAAGUUCUACAGAAAACACAUGUACUUAAAGGAGAGUCUUAUCUAAGUAAAAUUGGUAAAAUUUUAACAGCAUAAAGUUGUAAGUCCAAAACUCAUGAAGUAUAUUAGAUCUGUGUUUUCGAAUACCUCAUAUUUGAAAGUGUUGUAGAUAUAGAAAGUGUAAAUUGCUUUAAGAUAGAAACACAGGUUUUAGUUCUGAUCUAAGAAAAGGAUUAUUGGAAAUAAAUGUGCAAUAUUAUAUAGAAUGAGAACAGCUAGGUUUUUAGCAUAAGGGUGAUUAAAAUAAAAGUGAUUAUCAUAAAAUAGUGCAAUAGGAAGUUAUCUUUUCUAAGAUAAUUUAAAAGUUCUGAGUAGGACAUUAAACUGACACUAAGAGAGAUAAAUCUUUGUUUCAAGGAAUGUCUUUGCCUACAAUUCCCUUUUGCAAUUCCUGUUUAUAAAAUGUAGAUAUUGCAUCAUAACAUCAAAUAAAAAUCCAUUACAAGCAAAAGAGUCUUCAAAAUCCAGAGCGGUCUACAUGCAAUUUUUGCAUGAUGUGGUGAUGCUUCCAGACUGUGACCUGCUAAUGUAAACCAAUAAAAACAUUUAUUUAGCAUCUAAAAUAUUGUUUAAUCAGAGAAUUUUCUUCUACUCUAUUGAUUAAACAAAAUAUAUGAACAGAAAUAGAAACAUCAACAAAUGAGAUGUGAAAGAAAUCUUUCUUAUGCAUUAAUUCACUUGACAAAGCUCACAGUCUAUUAUAUUUUAAUGAUAGCAAAGUUGCUCUAAAUUUUUCCUCUGAUCAAUCUCUCCAAAACUAUAGCUGACAUCUGUUCUUAUUCAUUUAGGACAACUAUCUAGAAAAGCAAAGCAUAGCCCUAUUCCUUUUAAAAUAGUAUAUUUUCUAAAGUAUGUGGCUUCAACUUUGUGGUAGACAAAGCAGUCCUAGGUUUCAAUUACUGUUCUCAAGUCAUGACAAACUCAUUGUAAAGAGUAUUAUUUGCAAGUUUUAAAUUACAGCAGCUAGUUAUCUGAAUGUAAAACGUUUUCCCAAACAAAUGGAAGACUUUUUAAAGUUGAAAGUUUUUAAAGCUGAAACAUAAUUUUAAAAGGCAAAGCAAUUUAAAUAUCGCUACUAAAUGUAAACCAAUAUCUUUUAAACGUAUUUACAUGACAAUUUUUUUUAGAAAAAAAGUCAUGAAUAUUUUAGCUUAUCUAUAACUCAGAUUUUCCUGUCUUGGAAUAGAUUCAAAUAAUUAAAACUGCUAAAGAGUUUAUAAAAACAUGGAUUUAAUUUAUUGUUUUGCUUUUAUAUAAAAUUGUUGUUGUAUGUUUAUUGACAGAUUAAUGUUUCAAAUUAUGGAAUUAGAAAUAUAAAAGUGAAAAGUAUUAUAGUUUUAAAUAUAUAUUGACAGUGAACAAAUGCUAGCUGACUGCUAUAUACAUACCACAGAUUCAUCACUAACUAUGGAGAUUUAAAAAUCAUUUGCUAAAGCAUUAAAAAUAUCCAGUUUAUAUUUGGAUACCUUAUGUUAGCAACUUAAAGCAGCAAAUCUGAGUAUAGUUUAUUUCACUGAUAAUUUUAAAUUUAAAAGCUGCCAUAAUGAUGUUUUGAUUCAGAUUUAUCAACCUGUACAGUAUGAAAAGAACAAAAAACAAUUUUAAAAUAAUCAACCAAACAUGUUUAAUGCUUCAAAGGAAAACAGAUUAGCACUAAUUUUCUCACAAAACAAAAUUAAUGUCAUAACUUCAUGUCUCUAACAAAUCUUGUUAUUUUACCUCUUGAUAUAUUUAUAUUUACAAAUAUUAAUAUCAAGAAAGGAUACAAAGAAUGUGGUGAUUGUGUUCCAGCUUUAAAGACAUUAGUAUAUAGAUGAAAUCAUUGGGAUCCUUCUCCUCUCUCUCUCUCUCUCUUUCUCUGGUGAAUUUCACUAAAAUACUUUUACAGGGCAAAAUGAUGAUGAAAAUUCUUAGGAAGCUGUCAAAUAUCAUGAUAGUUCUUUGAUGUUUGUUUUCUUCUGUGCUUUUGGUUCAAAGUACUUGCCUUCUACUUUAUUUCCAGGAAUUAGUUGUUAUAGACUAUCACUUUUUAAUGUGAGUGAAAAUUAGAUAAUUUGGUGAUACUUGUGAAAACAUGCUCCCAAAUAAAUUCAAUUAAUGAGCACUUCCCUGCUAAGAUUUUGUUAUAAUUCAUUUAAUUAUCCUGUCAAGCUUUACUGUUACAAUUGUUUUGGCUUUUUAGUCAAUAAACUAAGGGAAUUUCUCUGACAGCCUUAUACCUCUCCUGUGCUUGAUAUAACAACAUAUAUUCUAAAUUUCCAUAGGAAGUCUCUAAAGAAAUUUUCCACUGUUGUGAAACAUUUGGUAACCAUGCUGAUUAUUUUUCAGAGAUAAAAAUUUGAUUUGAUUCUGGCAAUUUGCUAUAUUUGUAUGCAGGCUUGAAGUCAAUUUUAUUUGAUAAGAGUUGUAAAACAUAUAGACUAGAAAAAAGCCAAGUGUAGAAUAUUUAUUUUUCACCCAAAUUUUCUUGUAAACUUUACUGUCCUUAUUAUCAUUUGCUUAUUUUAAUAAUUUGAUUAAAAUAAUAUAAUUGUUCACAGAUUUCCAAGAAUAUUUAUCCAAAAAUUUAUUUUCUUGAAUUAAAUUUGCUUUUUAUAAGUUAUCAAAUAACUGAGACAAGAGUUAGGUGGAAUUUGAAAAGUAUCAGUUACCUAGGCAUCUGAUUCAAUGGCACUAAAGUGCAGAUUGUUAAAUAGCCAACAUAUUUGAAAUGGUUUUCCCCAAAAACUUUAAUUAAAAUGAGUUUGAGGUUGUUCAGGACAGACAGAAUAGAUAUAUAACUACUUCUAGUCAGUCAUUACAUAUGAUACACACAUAUAUAGCUUGUAGACUAUAUAUAUAUAUAUAACACCCUGUGAUAUAUAUGCUUUAUAUACAUGUUAAUGUAUAGUUUUAAAACAGUAUAUAUAUAAUACAUGCUCAUGUAUUAUAUAUGCAUAUACAUAUGAAAAAGAUAUUUAUGAUGGUCUCCCAGAUUUAUAGAUUUAUAAGUGACAUUUGUUACUCCUACAUAUAGUAACAUGGUGGUGUUUGGUCAGUUUUGGAAUGUCAAAUUAAUGGUGUUGAAAUGAACGAUUGCCCCAUUAAAGCUUCAAUGAAAAAUGGUAAAAAUACAAUAACAGAAAAUUAGCAGUUAAGGCAAAAGUACUGUUUUUGAGUGCCAUUUUCAAAGAUGAUGUCUAUUUUAGAUUAAGUUUUUAAAAGGAUUUUAAAGCCGAGGAAGAUAGCUCAAAGGGUUAGAGUGUUUGUUUGCAGAAGACACAGGGUUUGCUCCCACAGUGCAUAGUCCUCUGAGUACCUGAAGCUACCCCAAAUUUUAAAAGAGGGUAGUAGCCCCUGGGCGCCACCAGGUAUUGCUUCCCCAAAACAAGACAAAAUUUUUCAUUAAAAGAACUUUCAAAAUUUUAUUCAUCAUUUCUUUGUACUUAUGAUAUUUAGGAAUUUAAUGAGACUUUUUAUUUUUUGAUAUGGCCACUAGGCUGUCAUGAUUCUCGGUGUGAACAGCCAUGGUUUUCAUUAAAAAGAUAUUCAUUACUAUGAAUAAAUAUGACCAAAUGUUGUCAACUAUCGUUAAACUCAGAAAUAGUUUAUUUUCCCCUGAACAUAAACAAUAAACAUUUGCAAAUCCAUAGGCUCCUUAGAACUUUUUGUUUGUUUGUUUUUUGGGUCACAUCCAGCAAUGCUCAGGGGCUACUACUGGCUCUGCACUCAGGAAUUACUCUUGGCAUUACUUGAGAAACCACAUGGGAUCCCGGGGAUCGAACCCAGGUCAGCCACUGUACUAUUGCUCCAACCUCCCAAUUUCUAUGUAUUACCAAACAUGUGCUGGUGGUUCUGAUUAUACUUAAACUGGUAUUUUAUGGCUUGUUUACCUCUUGAAGAAUGCAGGAAGAGAAGUGGAGCAUGAAGUUUGGGAGCUUAGAUACGUUUGUCUUGUACCUUUUCCAAAUGAUAAAGGAAAUAAGGAAGAAAAAUAAAAAAUGAAUAGGAGUUAGGAAACAGGAAUAAAGGAAGAAAAACUUCAAUACUGAGAGAAUUUUCUUUCUUUUUAUAAAUAGAAAUAGCAUUUUAAAAUAAAAUGUAAACUAUUUUAUAAGAAAAGAGAAAAUAGGCUUAAAUAAAUACCUCUAAGCCAUAAUACUUUAUAUUUAAUGAUCAAGAUUAAUGAUACCUAGCCAGAGAUAAUUCAGAUCUUGACAAUGUCCUGCUCAAAUUGUGUCACUGGAAUCAAAAAUAAUGUCUAGAGUGAUAGAAACUUGGUCUUGCCCUAUAAAGUCAAUAAUAAUUUUGGUAGAGAAGGUUAAGUGAUACAUAAAUUUCAUCUUCUAAGUGAUACAUUUCAUAAUUAAGGUAGACGUCUGGAGACUCAGUUAAAUGAUUAAAUAGGUGAACAUUAAGUUGGAUAUUUAAUAUCCCCUGAAUUAUUUUUGAAGUACACUAUGACUAGAGACAAGAACUCCUUAACAUAAAAUAAAAUAGAAUAAAAUUAAACACCUUCAGAUAAAAACUCCUUUUAAGUAUUAAAAUUCCUUACAAUUGUUGCAUCUGUUAAACAAAUUCUACCAUUGUUCUUCUCUUGAUAACUCAAAUUUUACUACAUACUCAUGUCAUUGAACACUAUUCUCACUUCAUUAGCCUUAACACUUUAUUAUAGUCUAUGAAGAUCCUUUUUCCAUCUUAGACUCAUAAUAUCCAAUAUAAUGACAAAUGUCCCUUCUUUUUUCUUGCUUUUCUUCCUGGGCCAAAACUGGCAGUUCUCACGUUUUGUUGUUGCUUUUCUUGUUGUUUGAUUGUUUGUUUUUACCUGGGUUUGUUCUCUGGGAUUAUCCCUGGAGGGUCACAGAGGAUCAAAUGGAGUGUCAGGGAUGGAACCCAGGUCAACUGCUUGCAAACCAAGUGCCUCACCCACUGUACGAUCUCUCUAGCCAUAGUACUAGCUCUCUACUCUUUUAUCUCCAACUAAAAAAAUCUACAAUAAAGAACCAUAUUGAGGACAAGGAUUUGAGAGAGUAGUGAUAGAAGUAUUAUAUGCAGUAUUCACAAAAACAAUGACUGCCAUUUAUUUAGCAUUUUCUAGAUCCUUGGUUGUUUAUCACAUUUUUAAAUAAAUCUUUACACAUUAUUUUCAAAGCAGUUAUUGAUACUUUAUAUGUACUGAUUAUUUAAUCAUUUAUAUGAUACAUACUAAAGACAGAUUGUAUAUGAUUCACUAAGUAUCUACUGGUUGAUUCAUCUUAUCCAUGACCAGAACACAAAUAUUAGUAGAUAUAUUAAAAUAUAUUUUGUUUAAUAUGAAAUAGUUGAAUAGUUAUACUAAUUAUCAUCAUGAGAAAUUUAGGAUAAUUACUCUAGACCUUCUACUUGGAUAUUUUUGAACUGCUAGUGUUUUAUAUUUAUAAUUAUAUCAUAAAAUGAAAAGCAUUCUGCCAUUAUAUUUUCCCCUUUCAUGACUGUUAUCAUGCAGAUGUGAUAUGGCAAGUCAAAAGUAGACUUCAAAUGGAAUUGCUUAGUAGAAAAGGCAAUAAAUGGAUAAAUGUAAAACAAUCAAAGUAGGGCAAAAUACUCGAUACUAAAAAGUAAUCAUUGUUCUCACUUAAACGUAAUCAAGAAAUAAAGAGAGAUAGUACACUUUUAAAGGAGCUUGACUUGCAUUCAUUUUACCUCUCUUUAAUUCCUAGCACCAGAUGAUCCCCUGAACUUCCCAGAAUGACCCCUGAAUACUAAGCAGGUAGUUGCCCCUGAGCAAGAUCAGGUAUGGCCCCCAAUCCCCAUACCUUUUUAUUCAAGAGUGCAAAUUAAAGGAAGAAACACAAAAACAUCAAAAAUAUUUUGAGUCUUUAUUGAAUCUAUGGGGACUGGAGCAAUAGCACAGCAGGUAGGGCAUUUGCCUUGCACUAGGCCGACCUGGAGUUGCAUCCUCUGUCCCUCUCGGAGAGCCAGCAAGCUACGGAGAGUAUCCCGCCCGCACGCCAGAGACUGGCCAGCUACCAAUGGUGUAUUCAAUAUGCCAAAAACAGUAACAACAAGUCCUGUUGCACUGUCGUCCAAUUGUUCAUCGAUUUACUCGAGUGGGCACCAGUAACGUCUCCAUUGUGAGACUUGUUACUUUUUUGGCAUAUGGAAUAGUCCACGGGUAGCCUGGCAAGCUACCGGUGGCAUAUCCAAUAGACACAGUACAACAAUAAAAUGUUAGAAGUAUAUGUGAAAUUUUAGUUACUUUCAGUAAUUAUUUUGGUAGUCGCAAUGGUGUUAUCAAUACAUUGAGACUACUAUAUAUAUAGUCCUUAUAUGAGACUACUAUGUAUGUACUACUAUAUAUAUGAGACUACUAUAUAUGUAGAAUUAUAAUUGACACAUUUGAGACUCCCUAUCAAUUACUAUAAAUUCCCUAUCAAUUAGUAUAAAUUGGAUAACUGAUCACUAUGCUGACUAUGGGUUGGAAUUGUUUUAUGUUUUCUUUAUGCUCAGUGGGUAGGUGAGGCGUUUGCCUUGCACGGGGCUGACCCAGGUUCUAUUCCUCCGCCCCUCUCCAGUCACAAUAAGAAUUCCAGGGCCCCAGAGUGUGGGCUUGAACCUGCUUCAGAAUGAAUAGUGAAAGACAGGGAACAUAAAUAAACUGAGGGGCAAAGACAAAUAGAAUUAUUAACCAUAAUGGUUAAAAGAAAAAUUCCUUUCUCACCUAUGGAGAUUACUGGAAUUCAGCUCAUGGUUUUGAAAAACUGCUAAAUCAAAGGAAAGUUAAAGAGUAGUUUUAACAUUUGUCUAUCAUAUCUAUAAUAAAUUAACCAAUUAGGAAGUAGAGGGAAUUUUCUCUUUGCAGAAAGCUGCAAAAGAAAAUAUCAUUAUGUUAAAAUUUUACUUUCUCACUUUUAAUAAAUUAAUGGAUCUAACGAGCAAUAGUGUCUAAUUAUGUCAUAAAAAUAGAAAUAAUGAGCCACAUUACUUAUAGAAACACAAUUCAACUUCUGCAAAGGUUUUGAAUUAAAAACUGAACUAUUUCCAAUAAAUUAUCUAGGUUCAACUAUAAGAUAAAGCAUAAGUAAUACAUAGGACAAAGAAAAAAAUAUCACAGUAAGUGAAAUUUUUUGCCACUGGCACAUCCUGUUUUUUUCUAAGAAAUAAAUUGCAAAGGGGGGAAUGAUAUAAAAUAGUUGAAAAUAUUUACUAAAAACUAUGUUGGUCUAUUCACAUUGUUCAUAUUCAACUAUGUGAACAGUAAAAAUAAUAGAAUGGAUAAAGGCACUUUCAUUCACUCUAUCCCAGCUGAAUCCCAGAACCCUGUAUGGUCACCUGAGUCCACCAGGAGUGGUACCUGAGCACAAAGCAAGGAGGAUGACCCUCAAAACCAAGCAACCAAUCAAAUGCAAUUAAGAAAAUUACCAUUAAAAUUCCCUCAAAUUAUAAACAAAAAUAUAAACAUGAAAGCAUAAAUAAAAUCAAGGUGGUAGCUCUAUAAUGCUUACAGGAGAGAAAAAAGUGUGGUUCAGAUGGGUAAUCUCAAGGAAACUUGUGUGGUCUACACAAUUCUCUUGUUUUCUGGAUAAUGUUGUCAAGAAAUUUCCCUUUCAAGACUGUAUUAAAGUAAAUAUUUAUCUUAUUAGGUUUUUAGGUAUUUAUAUUAUACAAUAAAAUGGGAAGGCAUGUAAUAAAAGACAUAAGGCAUCAAUGUUUUACAUUUAAAUUAUGUGAGUCCGUUCAUUGAAAUGACCUACCAACUGCCUAAUAUAAAGAGUGGAAAGACUACCUUAUCACGAAAUGUCAGGAUAUCUAAACAGAACGUUUUAGCCUGGAAGUUAGGAGGCUCUAAACCUCAGUUUUAUAAAUUAGAAUACACUGAAUAAAUGCCUUCACACAUUUAAGGAGACAUUAUGGUCAACAUUGGAUGUUGUAUCUGAACAAAAUAUAGGUCCGGUAUUUCUCCCCACGAACGUAUGGGACAGGAGAAAGACAUCAAGGGAACAGCAGGAAAACUUCGUAGGAGGCCAGGAAUAAUCAGUGCAAUUCACAGUGUGAACUGAGAGAGACCAGGUAGAGAUUAUCUCUAGAAUAAAAUUGAAACUGUAUUUGGAGUAUCUGAUGUGUUUCAUUGUGUGAAAAAAUAAUGUCAUUUAUAUGGGUUUUAUUAUUCUUUUGCAGAAUUUGGGAGGAUGUAGAAAACUAAGGAACAAACAAAAUGAUCAUUUUUUGAUGCAAGAAAAACAAAUUACUAUAAGAAAUGGAAUAUAAUCCUUGAAUAUAUAUUUGUGCACAUGAAUGGAAAUACACUUAGGGGAACAUUUUUACAAAUUGAAAGGUUGAGUCAAAGAAUAUUUUCUUCCCUUUUGACUAGUUCCUGAUUGAUUUUCAAAAUAUUACACAGUUACAUUCCCACCAAAGUGUAUUAGAAUUACUGUUUUCCUACACAGGCCAAAAAUUGUAACUAUCACUUUUUUAUCUUAACCAUUUUAAUAAAAACAAAAAGCCAUUAUUGUAUUACUUUGCAUUUUUAAUUAAGGUAAAGCAUCUUUUCUUAUGCUUGUAAGUCAUUGUAUUUAUUUUAUAUUAAAUGUUUUCCUUUACUUUGUACUAUUUUCUAGUUGUUUAUUAAUCUCUACCUAUGAAAUUAUAAGUUCUCUAUAGAUAAAUAAAAUCAGUACUUUCA